AUGUCAUUAACGUUACUCGUUUAUCUCCACACCUUAGGUUUUGGGAUGACCACACCAGCAACCGUGGCUGGAAAAGUAUUCCUCAUCGUUUAUGGCCUUUUUGGGUGUGCCGGGACUAUCCUUUUCUUCAACCUCUUCUUGGAGCGCAUUAUCUCUCUCCUGGCGUUUAUCAUGAAGGCGUGCCAUGAGAGACAGCUGCGAAGAAGUGGUCUCCUACCUCCCAACUUCCGAAGGGGGCCAGCUAUGGCGGGGGUGGGCAGCCUCGUGGGGUGGAAGCCGUCCGUUUACCAUGUGAUGCUGAUUCUGGGAAUUUUUGCUAUUACCCUUUCCUGCUGCGCCUCUGCGAUGUACACAGCAGUGGAAGGAUGGAAUUACGUUGACUCCUUGUACUAUUGCUUUGUCACCUUCAGCACCAUCGGUUUUGGAGAUUUGGUAAGCAGCCAGAAUGCUGCGUACCAAAAUCAGGGAUUAUACAGAUUUGGAAACUUCAUAUUUAUAUUAAUGGGGGUAUGUUGCAUAUACUCUCUUUUUAAUGUCAUCUCAAUCGUAAUCAAGCAAGUUUUGAACUGGGUGUUGAAAAAAUUCGAAUGCAGAUGUUGCCCAAAGUGCCAUAAAUCAAGUGCCCGCCUCGGACGUCGCAACGCCAUCACCCCAGGAGCCCGCCUACGUCGACAUAACAUCUCUAUGGACGCUGAUGGACAGUACGACAGCGACACCGAGGGAAGGAGGCUCUCUGGAGAGAUGAUCUCCAUGAGGGAGCUCACAGCAUCGAAUAAAGUCUCCCUGGCCAUUUUGCAAAAGCAGUUGUCUGAGACAGCCAACGGCUACCCAAGGAACGUUUGUAUCAAUACAAGACAAAAUGGUUUCUCCGCAGGGGUGGGUGCUCUAGCCAUCAUGAACAACCGCUUGGCAGAAACGAGUGAUUCUAGGUAG